AUGACGACAAACAACCCAAAUAAUCUUAGAGUCACUUACAAGGUUGGUAAUUAUAAAGGAAAAUUGUUAGGAGACCAAUCUACUACCACGGAUGAAUUUGUAGAUUUUAAGGACAAAUCGCACUUUCAGCUCUUCUAUGAUAUCACAGACAUCUCCGACACGGCCAAACUUACACCCAAAUAUUUCCGUGAGGUGUUUAAACCCGAUAAAAAAUACAAACUAUAUUGGUUCAAAGAUGCGUUGAAAAGCCCCCCGCAAAAUAACCAAAAAUCGUCUUCGACAUCUUCACCCACUGCUAUAUGGACCAUCGAACCAUUAAAAUUUAAAUUUUCAAAAAUUUUUAGAAAAGCUAAACGGCCAAAACAAUUUGCUAUCACCUUUACGGAUACUGGCUCACGAUCCGUCUUUAAAUUUGACGGAGGAAAAAAUGAACAGUUAGGUUAUUCUGGUGAUACAUACACCCCUUUUAAUAGUGCACAUGUGCAAAGAUACCGUUGGGUCAGAUACAGCGAUGGUUCGAAGUGGGUUUUCAUUUCCAGAGACGAACCAAACAAUCCGUUUGUGGAAUUCAGGAAAUCCGAAAUUGGGAAUGAGUUUAUAAUAGUCUUCAUUAGAGAAACGCCAUCAUGCUGGAAUCCCAAUAUUACUGACCAAAUUCUACCUCCUCCAUCACCGAAGUCUUCUCCUUCCAUAAUGUCUUCUUCGGAAUUCACCGCUACCUCUUCAUUUCGUGAUUCGGCGACGACUGGAAUAACGUCCGAUUAUUCUUCUUAUCGGGAAUCUACUAGUUCUGGCACCUCAAGUCGAGUUGGAGCCAACAAACACCCUUCGAUUCUCGGAGUUGUCAAUAGUGUAAACAAUUUCGAUUCAGUCAGCCCUACGGAGACAAAAUUCUUUGACAGCAAAAAUGACGAGAACCCUAACAAAUUUUGGUUAGAAUUUGUUCUAGCAUCAACCGUGGUAAUACAAGAUGAGGUUAAUUCGAGGAAAUACAGAAUGUGGAAAUCAUAA